AUGGCUGAAGGAAAGUGGCGUGAGGCAUUUUCAAUGAAGGACAUCACUGCAGAAACUAUAGCUCAAACAUUUUUUCGUGGUUGGAUUGUCCGGUUUGGAGUUCCACUGAGAAUUACAACUGAUCAAGGACGGCAAUUUGAAGCCUACGUUUUCAAAGCAUUGGCUACAUUAUUAGGUACGAAGUGCAUACGCACCACGGCAUACCACCCAGCAUCAAAUGGCAUGGUUGAGCGUCUUCAUCGACAGUUAAAGGCAGCACUGAGAUGUCACGCAACACCGAAUUGGACAGAGAGACUACCUAUCGUACUUUUGGGUCUACGAACGUCAUUCAAAAGUGAUCAGAAAGCAACAGUAGCAGAACUGGUGUAUGGACAAACGUUACGCCUACCUGGAGAAUUUCUGCGCAGCAUAGCAGAUGAUACAAUCACAGCCUCAGAAUUCGCCACAAGAUUAAGAGAGCAUAUACGCCAAUUGAGACCAACAAUGCCCAGAAACCAGCUUGGAAGACACUCGUUCGUUUUUGCGGAGCUAGACAACCACCAUAUGACGGACCAUAUCUGGUAG